AUGUUUGGAUUAACGCGUACAAUGGUCCAAGAACUCGCAUUCGGAUUGGCUGAAAAGAAUAGCUUUUCACACAGUUUUAAUAAAGAUAACGGUAAAGCUGGCCAGGAGUGGCUAGAUGGAUUUUUAAAACGCCAUAAAGACAUAUCUUUACGAAAACCGGAGCCUACCUCCGCAGCCAGAGCCCAAGCUUUUAAUAGACCUCAAUUCAAAAACACUGGACUAUGGCCAGUUGAUCCAGACAUAUUUCCAAAUCACUUUUUUGAACCAGCUGAUACAACAAAUAUGCCAAUAGCUUCCACAGCUGAUAACUCAGACUCAAUCCAGGAUCAGAACCUUCCAUCGUUGCCAAUAGAACCGGAGGCUGGCGAGAUUAUGGCCCAGGAACAGAAUAAGGCCCCUGAAUUUCAUCAAAGCCAUCCACUAGUUCUUGUAAACCAUCUACUUCAUCAGAUUCUUCAGACGCAAUAG